AUGGAGUACGUGCGAGACAAACAGCAGGAGCAGCAGAUGGAACAGGAUGUCUGGAACCAAUGGGACGUGGAGAUGCGGGCCUCUUGGGAGUUAGAGUACGAAGUGCGGAUGCGGGUACUCCACAAGGAGUGGGAGUACUACCAGAUGCAGGCAGCUCUGUCAUUCAAGGAUAAGGGCAAGGGGCUGCUUGAGCUCAGCACGAAGAUCCCCGAUUACCAAUCAAAGGUCGCUAAGCCGAUGGAUAUCUACCCCAUGCCAGCGGUGUCCUUGAUCGGUGUCAAGAGCAUGCUCAACGACCAGAUGCAAGAUACUCAAGAUUACGAUCAGUGA